AUGAGACAGGAUGAGGAGCCCGUCCAAGAAAAUGGGCAUAUCAAUGUUGAUGAAUCAAGUGGCCAUCGUUCCGAAGAAGGUCACCACACUGUUAUGGAGACUGGGGAUAGUAGUCAGCAUGAACAGAAGAAGGAGCAGCCUAUUAGUGAUGUAUGGAGGAAUUUCAAUAGGUGUGAUCCGCCAACAUUUAAUGGCACCUUUAAUCCCUCUAAGAGUGAGGCUUGGAUCGAUCGUUUGGAAACUAUCUUCACCUUGGUCCCAUGCACCUCACAUCAAAGGGUGCAAGUGGCGGUUGUACAACUUGUUGAUGCUGCUAAGAGAUGGUGGGAGAGUGUUAGACCAUCUGAUGGCACUUUCCCUACAUGGGAGGUGUUUAAGGAGAUGUUCUUUCAGCAAUAUUUUCCUUCAGCACUCCAAUCACUGAAGGAGACAGAGUUCUAUGCUUUUCAGCAAGAUGACAUGGAUGUGGAUGCUUUCAUUGCCAAAUUUCUAGAGUUAAUUAAGUAUACGGCUUAUGGACAAUCUGAAAAGAAUAGUAAGUGGAUGGCAGACAGGUUGUUACAGAAGGCUAGACCGAAGUUUAGACGACAGCUAGUGCCACUCCAGAUUGAUUCUUUUGAUGACAUGUGUACUCGACUUCGCCUCCUUGAUGCUGAGAUUAAGGGUUAUGGCUAUGAAAUUGAGCCAAAGAGGGACUCCCCGGGCCGUUUCUCUUCCUUCAUGAGGCCUAGUGGUGGGAUUGGCAAGAGAAGUGGGUUCAAUCUAGGAAGCUCUAGCAAGAAGAGCCGCUUUCAGAGCAGACAGUCACAGAGGCCCCCACUUCCAAGAAGUAAUGCUAGUGGGAGCCAACCAUCAUUCAGAGGCUCUACUGUUUCUGCACCCAGCACUGCACGUGCUCCAAGUGUACCGGAGACCCGAUCUACCAUUCCUGGUCGUGUGUUUGCGUUGACUCAAGAGGAGGCCGGUGCGUCUCCUAAGUUGAUUAGAGGUAUCAUUUCUCUCCAAGGUCACAGUAUACAUGCAUUAUUUGACUCUGGUGCUACACAUUCUUUUAUUGCUUUUGAAUGUGCUAAGCGAUUGAACUUGCAUGUUUAUGAUUUGCCUUUUGAUAUGAAUGUUUCGACACCUGCUGGAUCUUCUGUAAAAACUUCAAAUGCAUGCUUGAAUCUUGUGUUGGAGUUUGAGAGUCACAAGAUAAAGAUUGAUUUGAUUUGUUUGCCCCUUAAGGGUCUUGAUGUGAUUAUGGGUAUGGAUUGGCUAACAGCUAAUGGUGCCACGCUUGAUUGUAAAGCAAAAACUGUUUCUUUGCCUGUGUAUUGCAUGCGUAUAGAGGUGUCUAGUGGCCCUCCUCUGUUAUCAGCUGUUCAAGUUGAAAGUUGUAUAAAGCAAGGAUGUCAGGCCUUUAUGGUCUUCUUUUCUGUGCAAGCUAAGAUAGAGGAAGGGAUUGAUGAAAUUGAGAUUGUGAAUGAGUUUCUUGAGGUAUUUCCCAAAGAAGUGUCAAGAUUACCCCCUGAGCGGGAGGUAGAGUUUUCUAUUGAUUUGCCUCCUGGGACAAAGCCUAUCUCUAAGGCUCCCUAUCGAAUGGCUCCUGUUGAAUUGGCAGAACUAAAGAAGCAGCUUAAAGAAUUACUUGAGAAAGGAUUCAUCAGACCAAAUCAGUUGGUGGGGUCAGCAGUAUUCUCUAAGAUUGACUUGAAGUCGGGAUACCAUCAAUUAAGAGUUAAAGCAGAAAAUGUUCCUAAGACUGCUUUUCGUACUCGGAUCUUCAGACCCUAUUUGGAUAAGUUUGUGGUGGUGUUUAUAGAUGACAUUCUCAUCUACUCACAGAAUGAAGAAGAACACCGUGAGCACCUUAGAAUAGUGUUACAAGUAUUGAGGGAGCACAAGCUCUAUGCUAAAUUGAGCAAGUGUGAGUUUUGGCUCAAGGAAGUGAAGUUUUUGGGGCAUGUUGUUUCAGCUGAAGGGGUUGCAGUAGACCCUACAAAAGUUGAUGCAGUUCUUAAGUGGGAGCAACCAAAGUCAGUGACUGAAGUGAGAAGUUUCCUGGGUCUAGCUGGUUACUAUAGGAGGGUCGUAUAA